AUGUCAACCAUCUACAUGGGCGACCUGGAGCCGUGGAUGGACGAAGCGGCCAUCAAAAACAUGUGGGCCCAGGUCAUGGGGCCCGACACCAACAUCAACGUGAAACUGAUACGUGAUAAAUUCACAGAUAGCAUCAACUAUGGGUUCAUCGACUUUGCUAGCCCUGAGCUCGCCGCCGCAGCCCUCAAAUUCAACGGCAAGCCCAUCCCGGGCACAGACAGACUCUUCAAGCUCGGAGAGGACAACGGAGACGGCGCUCCCGUGGAGUUCUCCAUCUUCGUGGGCGACCUCGCGCCCGAGUCCACCGAGCCAGAGCUGCUGCAAGCCUUCAAGAGCAGAUACGAGUCGUGCCGGGCCGCAAAGAUCAUGACGGACCCUGUGACGGGCCUGUCGCGAGGCUACGGCUUUGUGCGCUUCUCCAGCGAGGAAGACCAACAAAAGGCGCUGCAGGAAAUGCAAGGAUACAUGCUGGGCUCCCGGCCUCUGCGAGUCUCCACCGCCACCCCCAAAAACCGACAUCACCACCAGCCUUAUAUGCAGUUCCAGCCACAGCAGUUCCAGCCCCCGGCUCACUACCAGCAGCUGCACUCGCAGCACCCGUUCCCUCAUCAUCCCAAUGGAGCCCCCUCACAUCAGGUCCACCAGCCCUUCUACGGUGGGCCCGCACAUCCGCUCAACCAGUUCACAGACGCCAACAAUACAACUGUGUUUGUGGGCGGCCUGUCUUCGUCCGUGUCCGAAGACGAGCUGCGACAAUACUUCCAGGGCUUUGGAGACAUCACCUACGUCAAGAUCCCACCCGGAAAGGGCUGUGGUUUUGUGCAGUACGUGCAACGACAAUCCGCAGAAAUGGCAAUUACCCAGAUGCAGGGCUACCCAAUUGGAAACGGCCGAGUGCGGCUCUCUUGGGGACGGUCUCAGAGCCAACAACAGGUCCACCAUCACCAUCAGUAUAGACCCGCCCCACAGCCGCUCAUCUACCCGCAAAUGGGCAUCCCCGCCCAAAACUACGGACCCUACCAGCCUGUGUCGCCCGCACUAGCCCAUAGACACGCUGCUCCAUUGCAGACCCCUGCUAUCGGCGACCAGGAAGGCAUGUCCACCAACGCAACCACACUCGCGUACGCCGCCGGACUUCCUCCCGUGACUGGAGCCCCCGCGGCUCCCGGCGAGGACCCCUCGGAGCCCAUUCCUGUGGCUCGGCUCAAUGAGCUCUAUCUUGCUGCUCGGGACGGCCGUUUAGACCGUGUCGAGUCUGAGUCUUCGGGCUACCAUGGCGUUUACGCCCAGUAA